AUGAGUAUUCGAAUUGAAGAUUUAUAUUCUUGGUCAGCACCAAUUGAUAUUAUUGAACAAUAUGAAAUUUAUUUCGAAACAAAAAAUUUUUUAUUAGCAGAACAAAAGUUUUAUAAUUGUACAUUACCAAGAUUUGGUUCAAUGUGUCAAUAUGAAUUAUAUUUAUAUCAUAAGAGUUAUUCAUUAUAUGAAAUUAUUCAUAAUUACUAUCGUUGGUAUUCAUAUAAACCAUCUAAUAUAACUUGUUAUCAACAGUUAAAACAUAAUUGUGAUUUUUCAUCCAUAUGUUUAAGUUGGACAGAGAUUUGUAAUGGAAUAGUCGAUUGUUUUAAUGGAGAAUAUGAUGAAGAACAUUGUUGGCAACUUGAAAUUAAUUAA